AAAAUCGUAUUUAAUGUUAAAAUCAAAAAACAACUAGUUUUUAAAGCCAACAGACAGUUUGUCUAGUGAAUUACAUAAAGUGUAAAUGAGCAAAAAUAUUAAUGUAAUUUAUUUAAAGCAAACAAAUUAAAAUAAACAGCAAAUUUAAGCAACAGUUGAUAAUAUUUGCUCUUUUUUUAAUAAACAUAAAAUAAAGUUUGAAACAGUUGCCGGCGGCGGAAAAACAAUAUUUUCAACGUUCGCUACGGAGCUGUCAUCGUUGACAAUGAUGCGACAACGGCUGUUAACGUUUCUAUUUGUAUUUAUUAUAAUUGUUAAUUGCUUCAGUGCUGUCAAGUGUAAUAAAUAUGAAAAUGAAUUCUAUUCCUCUGUAGCAGGUUUAGAAAGUUUACUCAAGACUGAACAAAUACUGGUGGCAGAUCUAAAGGAUUAUAUCGCAACAGCCAAACAACACAUUGCCCUAUUGGAAAAAGAAAUAUUUAAAAUAGAAAUUGAACAUGAACUGGCUGCAGCCGAUACAGACAAUUAUCUCACCAAUCCAGUAAAUGCAUACAAAUUAAUUAAUCGUCUAUUUAAUGGAUGGAAUAAAUAUGAAGAUCAAAUUACCGAAACCCAUAGCAUUUUUUUGCAACAAAUACAGCAACGAAGAAGUUCCCUAGACUAUCCGUCUGAAGAUGAUUUCGAAGAAUCUGCUUUGGCUUUGGUAAGACUACAAAAGACAUAUAAUUUGGAAGUGGGUCAGGUAGCAUCUGGAGUAUUAAAUGGUAUAAAAUAUGGCUCCGAUAUGACUUGGUCCGAUUGCCUAAUGUUAGGCGAACAACUUAUCAAAUCAAAGGCCUACAAUCUAACUAGACCCUGGAUGCAGGAAUCAAUUAAACGUUUAAAUUUUGAUUCGUUUAAUAAUAAUAAAAUUUCUUUGGAAUUUAUGGAAAUGUUGGCGGAAAAUUUACUUAAGACGGGUGAUAUGAAUUCAGCUUUAAAGGUGGUGCAAAUUAUAUUGAAUGAAGAUCCGUUGCGUAGAGGUAUUGUGGCGAAAAUGUUUGAAAAUACCCAGACAUUACCAGAGACAGGUGACAUUGAGGCAGAAUAUCAUGCCUCCCAGGAAUUCAAAACCUAUGAAAAAGUAUGCCGUGAAGAAAUACAACAAUCCCCAGCAGAAAAGCGUAAUCUUCGCUGUCGUUAUCAUAGUGGAAAUUGUGCAUUUUGCCUAUUGGCCCCCAUUAAAGUGGAAGAAUUAAAUUUGGACCCCUUAGUCAUGGUAUUCCAUGAUAUGAUAACCGAUAAAAAAAUCGAAACAAUUAAAGAUUUAGCAAUGCCAAAUAUGAAACGUUCCACCGUACGUGCCGGUGAAGAUGCGUCAUCUAAAAAACGUAAUUAUCGCAUUUCGAAAAAUGCCUGGCUGCCGUAUAACAAUCAUCCUUACAUGGAACAAAUGUUACGUGAUAUACAUGAUGUAACCAAUUUAGACAUGACAUACAGUGAGGAAUUACAAGUGGCUAAUUAUGGUUUGGGUGGUCACUAUGAACCACAUUUUGAUUUCUUUAUGGAUAAUAUACCAGAGGACCAAGGCAAUCGUAUAUCAACUUCAAUUUUCUAUUUAUCAGAUGUGGAACAAGGUGGCGCAACGGCAUUUCCAUUUUUGAAAAUUGCUGUUAAACCUGCCAAAGGCAAUGUUUUAUUUUGGUAUAAUUUGCAUCGUUCGUUAGAUGGUGAUUAUCGUACGAAACAUGCUGGUUGUCCGGUCUUAAAAGGAUCCAAAUGGAUUGCCAAUGUUUGGACACAUGAACGCAGACAAGAACUGAUUAGACCAUGUGGCUUGGUUAGAGAUCAUGAAAGUUCUAUACAAUAUGCAACUGUUAAAUUGCAAACAAAAAAAACAACAAUUCAUUUCAAGAAGAAACUUAGUUUACAUAGACACUUAGCAACGAUAAGACGUUUCAGCCGAAAGAAGGCAAAGCGCGAUUCUAUUUUUUUCCAAAAGGAUAUGUUAAGUAAUUUAUUUAUAACUGCAAUUUUUUGCACGUACACCCUACUGUUGGGCAAUAAAGCGUGCUGGGCGUUAACGGUAGAAAAUGAUUAUUUUUCCUCGGUGGCGGGUUUGGAAAAUUUAUUUAAAACCGAAGUGCAACUGCUAGCGGAAAUGCAAAAUUACAUUUAUAAUUUGCAACAACAUAUUGAUGUGUUGCAAAGUGAAAUAAAUUUCAUACAUCAAGAACAUGAUGAUGCUUCAAAAGAUCUAGAGGGUUAUCUUAACAAUCCCAUUAAUGCGUAUCGUUUGAUAAAACGUCUCUAUACCGAUUGGCCAACAUUUGAGGAGACUGUUACGGUUGAUGCCACACGUACGAAUUAUUUGGAGAAUAUGGAAGAAUUAAAACAAAAUCUUAGUUUUCCCACACAAAAUGAUAUGGUCGGUUCAACAUUGGCCUUGGUGCGUUUACAGGAAACAUAUCAAUUAGAUGUCUCACAAGUGGCUAGUGGUAUAUUAAAUGGUGUAAAAUAUGGUUCGUCUAUGUCAUGGCAAGAUUGCUAUUUAGUUGGUGAAUAUUUGUAUGCCAUGCAAGAUUAUAAUCAUACAAUACCUUGGCUAAAACAGUCUACCAAAAUGUUGAUGUCUGGUGAUUUUAAUGAUGCCGAAUUGACUUUGGAGUUUAUAGAAACAAUUGCCGAAUAUCAUAAGACAAUAGGUGACUUCCAAUCAGCUUUAGAGCUUAUGGACUAUAUACUCAGUCAAGAUGAAACACGGCAAAGUGCUAGAGAAACUAAAAUAUAUUUGGAAAAUGUAAUAAAUGAGGGUAAACAAGAAGGUUUAAUGUAUCAAAAUUCCAAACAACAAAACCAUUACCAUAAUACCAAUGAAUAUAAACUUUAUGAAAAAGUCUGUCGUGGGGAAUUUGAAUUGGUCUCGCAACAACAACAAAGUCAUCUAUAUUGCAGACUUCAUACAAAUAAUCAUCCUUAUCGUUUGCUGCAACCCUAUAAACUAGAAGAAUUAUCAUUAGAUCCUUAUAUAGUUUUCAUUUACGAUGUCAUAAGUGAUCAUCAAAUAGAGGUGAUAAAAGAAAUGGCUCAACCUCAUAUGGAAAGAUCUACAGUGUUUUCAAAAGAUGGCAGUCACUCGGAAGUUACUUAUUAUCGUACCAGUAAAACGGCCUGGUUUAAAUAUAAUAAUCAUCAAUAUACCACACAAUGGUUACAGCAUGUUAAUCAUUUGACGGGCCUGAAUACUGACAAUGCGGAAGAUUUACAAAUAGCAAAUUAUGGUUUGGGCGGUCAUUAUGAGCCACAUUUUGAUUUCUUUACGGAAGAUUAUACUGGAAGCGAUUUAGAGAGCAAUCGUAUAUCAACAGUCAUCUUCUAUCUAACCGAUGUAGAAGAAGGCGGUGGUACUGCCUUUCCCUUUUUGAAUAUUUUAGUGAAACCACGCAAAGGUGCCAUGUUAUUUUGGUAUAAUUUACAUGCCUCUGGUGAUGGUGACUAUCGCACUAAACAUGCUGCCUGUCCAGUGUUAAAGGGUUCCAAAUGGAUUGCUAAUGUUUGGUUAAGAGAACUGGAUCAGUUUAAUCGUAGACCCUGUGAUCUAACAACAAACCAUGAAGUAUCUUUAAUGUAUAAAGAUUAUGAUUAAUGAAGACUAUAGUCUAUAAACUAAUAUAUCUAUAGAUAGUAUUAAAAUAAAAUUUAUUACAGUUUUGAGAACUCAAAAAUCUGGAAAGCACAAUUAAUUUGGAUAAUUAAGUAUAAUAAAUAUGAAUUAACCUUUUUUGAA